GGAGUGCGAGGCGCUGCACGAGUCCUUGCCCAGCAUCCUUAGAGCACCCUUGGCUCCGCAGACCGCCGUACCCGUUCGCUGUGCUUGUGUCUGUGAGCCUGCCCUCCUCUCUACAUCCCUCGGCCGCACUCAUCUCCUCGUGCGUCCACAGGUCGAAGGUGCUGCCCGAGAUAAAGAUGAAGCUACGAGGGAAGGUGGCUGGGCUUUGACUUUUGAGCGCAGAGGUCUAUGAAGCAACGAGGUGCCCGCGCUUUCCCUCUCACUACUACCAGGAUGAGGGUGCUGAUGAUGGCCGUCACGCGGAAUUUGGUGCUGAUGAUUCUUUGUGGGGCGUGGACCUGUUCACAGCAGGUACACACACUGUCAGAGGCCAUCAUUUGAUGCUUCAGUGUGCAGGGCCAACUUGUGUGUUUCAGGUGCAUUUGCGCCGUGUGCAGGAGGCCUCUCCGCCGAACGGCACGUCGCUGUCUUCGUCAGAGUAUGAGGGGCUGCUCGGCCUGGUUGGCAACGGCACUACACAGCUCACCUCACUCUACCGGUAGACACGCACAUCAUGCCAACAGAGAAAGCUAAUGGGCCGAUUCCGUCUGUGUGUGUGUUGGUGUGUAUGUGUUGUGUAGGACGUCUGUGCACGGCACCUCCUAUCUCGAUCUGCUGGACAAAGUGGGCGACGCGAAGCCUCUCGUGUUGGUGAUUCGCAAGGACAAGUAUGUGUUCGGCGGCUUUAUCAAUUGCGGCAUACAGCUGCCCGACGACCCCACCGACUGGCACAGAUACGACUGUGAUACGUGGUAUUUCUCGCUGGCCGGCCACUUCACCCAGCCGACCAAGAUAGACAUCACCGGACGGGGUCAGAUUAAUGAAGUAAAUAAUCAGUGGGUGCUUGUGGCGGGGAGAAACGCGGAUGUGGGGGCGAGUGCAAAAGUGUUUGUCGGUGGGGAUCUGCAUCUGGGCUGGGGUGACAAUGAGCGGCCUGCCGCAGACAUUCGCAGCUGCUCUCAGUGGCUUCACGGCAACGAUUUGCCUGAGGGCUACACGGGAGAGACGAUGUACCAAGGAGGUGCUGUGUUCGGUGGGUCAGAAAAAUUCAUGGCUGACGAGAUCGAGGUGCUGCAGGUGGGCAGUGAUAUGGCCUCCGCUGACACGGAAGAGGUAUGUAGACACGCCAUCCGCCCGUUCACUCGAUCGAUGCUUGGUGUGCAUCCCUCGCUGAUUAUUCCCAGGCUUCUGUACAGGGAUCCCUGCCUGACGAGGCGUCGCUGCCUGCGUCAGAACAUGAGGGGCUGCUCGGCCUGCUGGGCAAUGACACCACAGACCUCAUCUCACUCUACCGGUAGACACACACAUCUCAUGCCGUGAUGCCAACAGCUGCCAGACGGCUCGCGCUCUCUCUCUCCCCCCCUCUGUGUGUGUGUGUGUGUGUGUGUGUAGUACGUCUGAGCACGGCACCACCUACGAUGACCUGCUGGACUCAGUGGGCGACGCAAAGCCUCUCGUGUUGGUGAUCAAGAAGGAUGAGUAUAUCUUCAGCGUCUACAUCAGUGCCGGCCUCCGGCUGCCUGACGAGCCGACUGGCGACCAUGAGUACGAUUGUGAUGUGUGGUGGUUCUCACUGGCCGGGCAUUUUCCUACACCGACCAAGAUCGACAUCGGCCGAGGUCAGUGGGUGCAUGUAGCGGGGAGGCAGGGAAAUGCGGGUGGUGCGAAUGUGCACAUCGGUGGGAUGCUGGAUCUGGGCUGGGGUGGAAGUGUGUCUGGCCGGCCUGCUGCCGACAUCCGCAGCUGCUCUCAGUCGACUGACAGCGACGAUCUGCCUGCGGGCUACACGGGAGAGUGGGAGUAUGGCGAUGCUGCCUUGGGUGGGUCGUAUGAGUUCAUGGCGGAUGAGAUAGAGGUGCUGCAUUUGGUGGGGCUGUGAGGGAGGGAGAGAGCUGUGUCUGGUUGUCUGUCUGUCUGUCUGUCUGUCAGGUUGUCUGUCUGGCUGUCUGGCUGUCUGUCUGUCUGUCGAAGUGCUGCACACGGGGCAGUGACUGAGUGAAGUCUAUGUCUGUCUGCCAGUGUGUGUGUCUCUCGUAACUCCCCUUUUCCAUCUCCUAUCGCUCAUGUGAGUGGCUGCCUCCUCUCUCUCGUGAGGCAUCUUAAUUUUCCGAGUCUUGUAUAACAUAGUGAUUCAGUGUCGGCGUAGGUCAAUCGGGCUUACCUGACGGUCAUCUGUGACGCGUCUGGCCUGUCUGCCUGCUUGCCUGCCUGUCUGAAAUGUGUGUGUCUGUGUGUCCUGAUCGAGUACCUAACAGACAGACAAACAGCUGCGUGAGUGACUGGGUGCACGUCGGUAGUCAGUCAAUCGAUUUGACUGAGUGCAGGUGCAUCGCAACAAAUGCAUUCUUCCAU